AUGGGCGCCGCCCCGCUCCUCCAACAGCCCAUCAACGCGGGGCGCAAGCUGCGCGUCGUGUGUAUUGGCGCAGGCUUCAGCGGCAUCCAUGCGUCCGUCUACCUUCCGCAGCACGUACCGAACCUCGAGCUGCAGGUCUACGACCGCGCUGACGACGUCGGCGGCGUCUGGCACCACAACCGGUACGCGGGGAUCGCGUGCGACAUUCCCGCACACUCGUACCAGCUCUCGUACGCGGAUAAUACGCAGUGGUCCAAGUUCUUCGCGCCUGGCGGCGAGAUCCAGAAGUACCUUGCCCGCGUGGCGGACCACUACGGCGUGCGCAAGUACAUGAAGCUGCGGCAUGAAGUCGAGGAGCUCCGCUGGCUGCCUGACGAGGGCAAGUGGAGCGUGCGCGUGCAAGAUCUCGUCACGGGGAUGCGGUUCGAGGAUAAGGCCGACUUCGUGGCCUACGCUACGGGCGGCCUAUCCAAGCCGGUCUGGCCAAAGAUCCCAGGCCGGGAGACGUACAAGGGUGUCAUUCACCACUCGGCAAGGUGGGACACUGCCAAGGAGGAGGCGGACGGCAUGGACUGGAGCAACAAAACGGUCGGCGUCAUCGGCGUAGGAAGCAGCGCAAUCCAGAUCGUGCCCGAGAUGCAGAAGCGCGCCAAGCAUGUCGUCAACUUCGGCCGGUCCAAGACUUGGCUGUCAGGCGUGUUCUCGCCCGAUAUUCUCGCUCAGCUCGGCGCCAACACCAAGGAGGGCAUGAAUCACAUAUUCAGUGACGAGGAGAAGGAACGCCUGAAGGAUCCUGCGUUCUACGCCGAGUUCAGGCGCAUGGUCGAGCGCGACCUCGGCAGCGUGCACUACAUUACGCAUCAGGGGAGCAUGCUUCAGACAGCUGUGCGCGCCGAUAUAGAGGCGACAAUGCGCCGCAAGCUCGAGCGCAAGCCGGACAUUGCGAGCUCCCUCAUCCCCUCCUUCCCAAUCGGGUGCAAACGCCUCACCCCGGGUCCGGGGUACCUGGACGCGCUAGUGGCCGACAACGUCACGUUCGUAAGCGACAAUCUCGAGUGCUUCACUGAGAAGGGGAUCCGCACCAAGGCGGGCGAGGAAUUCGAGCUAGACGCCAUAAUCUGCGCCACCGGCUUUGACACGUCCAGUGUCCCCGCCUUCCCGAUAUAUGGCACUGACGGUGUCAAUCUUCAGGAUGCGUGGAAGGACGAGGCUAGGACCUACCUUGCUACCACCGUAGCUGGCAUGCCCAACUUCUUCAGUAUUCUGGGGACACAGGCGGGCGUCGGAUCCGGGUCGCUGCUCAUCGUCAUGGAGGAGCAAGUGGCGUAUAUGGCCAAGGCGCUCAAUAAGUGCGCAAAUGAGGGCUACAAGUCGCUCGUAGUCAAGGAGGAGGCUGUGGCCUCGUUCCUCAAGUAUACCGACGCAUACUUCUCCCGAACUACCUUUGUAGGGGACUGCCGCUCUUGGUACAAGAACGGCAAAUCAGGCGCCGCCAAGAUCCGCACGCUCUGGCCAGGCUCAAGCCAGCACGCUGUCCUCUCGCUCCGUCAUCCUCGGUGGGAGGACUACGACUACGAGCGCGAGCCGGAAUACGACCACCCGAUGGCAUGGCUCGGAGACGGACACAUACCCGUGGACGUGGAUCCCGGGUUCUAUUACGAUGAUUUGCGCUCGCGGAUGGCGCAAACUUCGUUCUUCACAGAUUAG